AUGGCUUCCAAAUUGUUAAUGAUCAUUGUCUUCGUUUUCGAUCUCAUUUCUUUUGCCUUGGCUGUUGCUGCUGAGCAAAGAAGAAGCACUGCCACGAUAAAGUUGGAUAACGAGAGUAAUUAUAACUAUUGCGUAUAUGAUUCUGAUAUUUCUACUGGAUUUGGAGUCGGCGCAUUUUUUUUCCUCAUGGCGAGUCAAGCACUCGUAAUGUUUACCAGUAGAUGCUUCUGCUGUGGCAAGGCUCUAAGUCCUGGAAGUUCGAGGGCGUGUGCAGUUCUUCUUUUCGGCUUUUGCUGGGUGACAUUUUUCAUUGCUGAGGUUUGCUUGCUGGCUGGAUCGGUGAGGAAUGCUUAUCACACCAAGUAUAGGACGCGGUUUUUCGAAAACCCUCCAUCUUGUGAGACCGUGAGGAAAGGAGUUUUUGCAGCAGGAGCGUCUUUCAUUUUCUUCACUGGCAUUAUCUCCGAGUUUUACUAUAUUUCUUAUUACAAGGCUCUGGGAAGCCCUGGACCAUUCGGAGGAGAAGCUGGCAUUGGCAUGGGACUGUUUAAGUGA